GCUAUGUGUUUCAUCAAUCUCCAAUUAAUUUUGCAACUAAUUUUAUAUUGUGCUCUAGGCCAUAUUUAUUCAGCCAAAGUAUCCGAGCGUAUUGUGGGCGGCAGUGCGGUGACACAAAAGAAAUAUCGCUAUUAUGUGCGCUUGCACUAUCAAGGAGAGUUCAAGUGCGGUGGUUCGUUGGUGCGGAACAACGCUGUUCUCACCGCAGCACACUGUGUCAAGGGCGCGAACGUGAAAGCACUGCGUAUACACGCCGAUACCAUUAAUUUAUCUGAUGCUGGCGUUGUGCGGCCAGUUAAAAAUGCGCUCAUUUCAAGAUCAUACAAUCCGUCCACACUCAAUUAUGAUGUGGCCGUGCUGAUACUCGCCACAGCCAUACCUAGUGGUAGUUUCACAGCUAUCACACUAGAUAAAAAGGCUGUGGCUAAUGGUGUGAGCUGUCUGGUUAUUGGACAUGGCUAUACGAAGGAGGAUGGUGUGGCUUCAGCGCAAUUGCGGGAAAUCCAAGUGCCCGUGGUUAAUCGUGCGGUUUGUCAACGCAAAUAUCGCGGUACUGGCGUAAUAACGCAGUAUAUGAUGUGUGCUUCGGAGCCGGGUAAAAAGGAUUCAUGUUCGGGUGACUCCGGCGGGCCUAUGAUCUGCAAUGGACAACAGGCUGGCAUUGUAUCGUGGGGCAUGGGUUGUGCACGAGUCAAAUACCCAGGCGUUUACACCGACAUUAGUAAGGUUUAUAGUUUUAUCGAAAAGGUGCUGAAGCAGUACCCAUAAGCAGGAAAUAGGGUAAAGUGUAAAUUAUUGUAUGUAAUUACUUUUGCGUGAUAUAGUUCUAUUUAGAUUAGAGAUAAAUCGACUAUGUGGAUAUUAAUUUAUAUAUGAAGAUAUCAUAU